UCACAACAAAUAUGGUCAAACCCAAACUCCUAAUAAUUCUUCUUUCAUUCCAUUCCAUCCACCGCUAAAUUGCACCUCCGAUGGCGGCGCCCACCGUCUUCCUCCUCCUAACCCUCAUCUCCGCCGCCGUCUCCGACGACCUCCACUCUCUCCUAUCCAUCAAAUCCGCCCUAGGCGACUCCAACCACACGCUCUUCUCCUCCUGGCAAUCCGAUUCCCCAAUCUGUACCUUCCAGGGGAUCACCUGCAACGCCGCCGGCGACGUCGCCGGAAUCGACCUCACUUACAGGAACAUCUCCGGCGAGCUUCCGGUGGCCGCUAUUUGCGAAAUUAAGUCUCUGGAAACUCUCGCUUUAGGGUUCAACACGCUGCACGGCCGUGUUACGAACGAUUUGAAUAACUGUUUUUCGCUUAAGUACUUGGAUUUGGGAAACAAUUUCUUCUCCGGCGAGUUCCCCGACAUAUCCUCCGUCGCCGGACUGGUUUCCCUCCACCUGAAUAACAGCGGAUUCUCGGGGACUUUCCCAUGGAAUUCUCUCCGGAACAUGUCCGAUCUUCAGGCGUUGAGCUUAGGCGACAAUCCGUUCCUCCGGUCGCCGUUCCCGGCGGCGAUUCUGAACCUGACGAAGCUGAAUUGGCUCUACCUGACCAAUUGCAGUAUCGAAGGGACGAUUCCAGAAGAAAUUGGGAAUUUGGUCGACCUGGUUAACCUAGAACUGGCCGAUAAUUUCCUCUCCGGCGAAAUUCCGGCGGGGAUCACCAAACUCCGGCGUCUAUGGCAGCUGGAGCUCUUCAGCAACGAUUUGACCGGCGAAUUGCCGCCGGGAUUCGGGAAUUUGAUCAAUCUCGAGUUUUUCGAUGCUUCCAACAACAGUCUUCGUGGAAACCUAUCCGAAAUCCGAUUCCUGAACAAGUUGCAGAGCUUGCAGCUCUACAAGAACAACUUUUCGGGCGAGGUCCCCGGCGAGCUCGGAAACUUCAAGCAGCUCGUGAAUUUGUCUCUCUAUAUUAAUAAUCUGACAGGGCAGCUGCCGGAGAAGCUAGGUUCUUGGUCGGAAUUCAAUUUCAUAGACGUAUCGGAGAAUUCUCUGACGGGGCCAAUCCCGCCGGAGAUGUGCAAGAAGGGGAAGAUGAUGAAGCUGCUGAUACUGCAGAACAAGUUCACCGGAGGGAUACCGAAAAGUUACUCCGGCUGCCGGGAAUUGAUCAGGUUUCGGGUGAACGACAACGGCCUGUCGGGGGCGAUCCCCGCCGGAAUUUGGGGGCUGCCGAACCUCCAAAUCCUCGACCUUUCUGGCAAUGAUUUCGAAGGUCCGAUCGAGCCGGAAAUCGGCAAUGCUGCGUCAUUGGGACAGCUGUAUCUAGCCAACAAUAGAUUUUCCGGCGAACUGCCGCCGGCGAUCACGAAUGCAACGUCUCUCUGGUCGAUCGAUUUGCAGAGCAAUCGGUUUACCGGCGAGAUUCCGGCGACCAUCGGCGGUUUGGAUCAGCUUUCUACCAUUCAGCUACAGGGGAACGAAUUCUCCGGCUCGAUACCGGAUUCAUUAGCCUCUUGCCGAUCCCUGAACGAGAUUAAUUUCGCCGGAAACCGCCUCACCGGCGUGAUUCCGGCGUCGCUCGGCUCGUUGCCGACGCUUAAUUUCUUGAACUUGUCGAGGAAUCGGCUUUCCGGGCCGAUUCCGGGGGCCCUAUCCUCUUUGAGGUUAAACCUACUCGAUCUUUCCGACAAUCGGUUAACCGGACCGAUCCCGAAUUCCCUUGCCAGCGAGGCGAGUAACGGCAGUUUCGCGGGGAAUAGUGCGCUUUGCAGCGGGAGUAUCCGAGGAUUCCGGCGAUGCUCGCCGGAUUCCGGCAUGCCGGGGCACCUCCGGGCGAUCUUGCUCUGCCUGUUGGUGGCGUCGGUCGUCAUGCUUAUUUCAGUCUCGACGUUUUGCUACGUGAAGAAGAAGAGCGAAUGCGCCGGCGAACGGUCACUAAAAGACGGGUCGUGGGAUGUGAAGUCGUUCCAUAUCUUGACCUUCUCGGAGGACGACAUUCUCGACUCGAUCAAGCCGGAGAAUUUGAUCGGAAAAGGCGGCUCCGGGAAUGUGUACCGGGCAGUCGUCGGGAACGGGAAGGAAUUCGCCGUGAAACACAUUUGGCACGCGGACGAAUACGCCGCGGGGCGUAAGAACAUCGGUAGCUCGACGCCAAUCCUCGCCCGGCCGGCCCGGACGAACAAGUCGCGGGAAUUCGACGCCGAGGUGCAGACGUUAAGCUCUAUACGACACAUAAAUGUCGUGAAGCUCUACUGCAGCAUCAUCAGCGACGAAUCGAGCUUGUUGGUUUACGAGUACAUGCCGAACGGAAGCUUAUGGGACCGACUCCACACGUGCAAGAAAUUACCGCUCGACUGGCAAUCGCGGUAUGACAUCGCCGUCGGGGCGGCGCAAGGGCUCGAGUACCUACACCAUGGGUGCGACCGCCCGGUGAUCCACCGCGACGUAAAAUCAAGCAACAUUUUAUUGGACGAGGACCUAAAGCCGCGGAUCGCGGAUUUCGGCCUCGCGAAGAUUCUCCAAGCCGACGUGUCGAAAGAGUCGACGCAAGUCGUGGCGGGCACGCACGGGUAUAUCGCUCCCGAGUACGCCUAUUCAAGCAAGGCGAGCGAGAAGGGCGACGUGUAUAGCUUUGGCGUGGUGUUGUUGGAGCUCGUGACGGGACGGCGGCCGAUCGAGCCGGAGUUCGGGGAGAGUAAGGAUAUAGUGGAGUGGGUGAACAGUAAUCUUAAGAGUAAGGACAGAGUGAUGAACAUGGUCGUGGACAGGGUAUUGGACGAGGUCGAGAAAGGGGAGGCCUUAAAGGUGUUGAGGGUCGGGAUUUUGUGCACGGCUCGGAAUCCGUCGGUGAGGCCGACGAUGAAGAGCGUCGUGCAAAUGCUCGUCGAGGCGCGCCCGUGUCGGAUGGUCACGAUCGUUUUCGGGAAAGACAAGGAAGAGUUCUCAUGCAAAGCAGAUAGCCAGUGAGCGAGCAGAGUGCGUGUUAUUUCGUAGGUUUAAGGUACCGUUUAGAUGAAACGAGAGUUGUUGUAAGCAUAGCGUGUGUAGAGUUUUGGAGUCGAUCGUUUGUUAUUUUAGAUUGUAAUGUUGAAUAAUGUAAUAAAUAUGCUGAAGUAUGUGAAAUAUUAGUGUUA